AUGUCGGCGAGCACGUCGGGCACGUCGUCGCGACGCGCCUCGGAGACAUCGUCGAGCCGGCCGUCGGCGCCACACACAGGUGACGCGACGCCGAACGAUGCGGCCAGUGUCUCGGCGGCGGUGCGGCGCGUGGACCGGCGUCUGGCGCAGCUGAAGGACCACCAUCUGCAUGCCCUGCAAGCGAUCCGCCACUUUUUGCGCACGCACAGCAGCUACGACGUGCUCCCCGUGUCGUUCCGGCUCGUCGUGCUGGAUGUGGAACUGUCGGUCCAGUCGGCGCUCGAGGUCAUGUUCCAGUCUGGCGUCGUCUCGGCGCCGCUCUGGCGCUCGACGCUCAGCGAUGCGACCAAGCCUGGCUUCGCGGGCAUGCUGACCGUGAACGACAUUAUCCAUCUCAUCCAGUACUACUACUUCACCGCGGCCAACUACGACUCGGCGCGGGUCGACGUGCAGACCAUGCGCCUCGAGCACCUGCGCGCCGUCGAGCAGGCGCUCGAUGUGCAGCCGCCGCCGCUACUGAGCAUGGCGCCGCUGCGCUCGCUGGCCGAGGCCGGCGAGAUGCUGGUGCGCAUGCACGCGCGACGGAUCCCCCUGCUUGAGUACAACGAGGACUUGAAAAUCGAGACGGUGCUCAGUGUGCUCACCCAGUACCGCCUCCUGAAGUUCAUCGCGAUGAACUGCCGCGAGACGGCUGGCCUCAAGGCCAGCAUCGGAUCGCUCGGCAUCGGCACAUAUACAUACGCACACCAGCUCGAGCGCCGACGACGCGCGCCGCAGGCGCGUCUGCGCCUGCGCGACUCUCCGCCGCCCGGCGCGGGGCCGUACUGGCCGCUGCAUACAGCCACGCUCGAUACAACCGUGUUCGACGUCGUGCACAUGUUCAGCGAGAACGAGAUCAGUGCGGUGCCGAUUCUCGAUGCCAACGGCGACGUGGUGGACCUGUACGAGUCGGUCGAUGUCAUUACGCUCGUGCGCACCGGCGCUUACUACCAGCUCGACCUGACCAUCCGGCAGGCACUGGAGCGGCGCCCCGCGGACUUUCCCGGCGUGACGUGCUGCUCCAGCAACGACUCGCUCGCGAGCGUAUUCGACAUGCUCAAGCAGCGGCGCAUGCACCGCAUGCUCGUCCUGGAGCCGAUCGAAGGCACCGCCGAGUCGCCUGUGGCCGCGUCGCCCACCUCGUCGGAGCCGUCGCAGGACAGCGUGGCACAGCCACUGCCGCUGCGCCCAAAGGGCCAGCUUGUGGGCAUGCUGAGUCUCAGUGAUAUUCUGCGCUAUAUUAUCGGCCAGCCGGCCACGCAGGCCUCGGCACCGCCGCCGCCGCCGAUUCGGUAG